CAAACACCCCUAGAAUACUCGGCCACGCGAGAAACGAGAUGUCACGCACAUACAGUGACACAGCCAUAUCUGUACGAUUUAAACUCCCAACACAUGGACAUGACUGGAGUCCAAUAUUCCCAAAGAUCUUCUCGCAACAGUACUGCUGGUUGAUAGGAUCAUGACGAUGGAAGAAGCAGCCGGCGGUGACAAGCUCAACGUGGUGCUGUUCCCAUGGCUGGCGUUCGGACACUUGAUCCCGUACCUGGAGCUCGGCAAGCGCCUGGCGGCGAGGGGCCACGCCGUCACGUUCCUCUCCACGCCGAGGAACGUCGCCCGGCUCCCGCCCGUGCCGGCGCACCUGGCGCCCCGAAUCCGCCUCGUGGCGCUGCCGGCGCCGAUCGUGGAGGGCCUGCCCGAGGGCGCCGAGUCCACGGCCGACGUGCCGCCGGAGAAGAACGAGCUCAUCAAGAAGGCGCUCGACGGCCUCGCCGCCCCGUUUGCGGCGUUCCUCGCGGACGCCGUCGCCGGCGGGAGGAGGCCCGACUGGAUCGUCAUCGACUUCUGCCACAGCUGGGUCCCGGCGAUCGCCGACGAGCACGGGGUGCCGUGCGCCGCGUUCCAGAUCGUGCCGGGCGCCAUGAUCGCGUUCUUCGGCACGCGGUCGGCGAACGCCGCGCACCCGCGCACGACGCCGGAGGACUUCACCGCGCCGCCCGAGUGGUGCGCGUCGUUCCCUCCCGGCACCGCCUACCGCCGCCACGAGGCCCGCUGGGUCGCCGACGCGUUCAAGGUCAACGCGUCCGGGGUGUCCGACAUGGACCGCGUGUGCGAGAUAACGGAGCGCACCCGCUUCACCAUCUACCGCAGCGACAACGAGGUCGAGCCUGCCGGCGCUGGUGUGUUCUCCCUCCUGACCGAUCUGUGGCAAAAGCCGGCCAUCCCCGCCGGGAUCCUGUUACAGCCCGAUUUCGAUGGCCCCAGCAACGACGAGUCCAGAUCAGGAUCAGCUCGUCCCGAGGUCCUUCAAUGGCUGGACAAGCAGCCAUCCAAGUCUGUCAUCUACGUCGCCCUGGGAAGCGAGACGCCGCUGACCGCCGAGAACCUGCACGAGGUCGCGCUGGGCCUUGAACUCGCCGGCGUCCGCUUCCUGUGGGCUUUCCGCAAGCCGACCGGCAUCUCCGCACCCGGCACCGACGUCGUCGAGCUGUUGCCCGCCGGGUUCGAGGCCCGGACACGGGGACACGGCCUGGUGUGGACAGGGUGGGUGCCGCAGGUGCGGGUGCUGGCGCACGGCGCGGUGGGCGCGUUCCUGACGCACUGCGGGUGGGGCUCCACCAUCGAGGGCCUCGCGUUCGGGCAUCCGCUGGUGAUGCUGCCGUUCGUCGUCGACCAGGGCCUCAUCGCGCGCACCAUGGAGGAGCGCGGCGUCGGCGUGGAGGUGGCGAGGGACGACGGCGACGGCUCCUUCGGCAGGAACGACGUCGCGGCGGCGGUGCGGCGCGUCAUGGUGGAGGAGGAACGGAAGGUAUUUUCAAGCAACGCUACGAAGCUGAAGCAAGUUCUUAACGAUCAGCGACGGCAGGACCAGUACAUGGACGAGCUUGUGGGGUACCUUACACGCUACAAGGAUAGCAACAGCUAUUAAUACGGACCUUCCCAAACGCCUGGGACCUUUUCUCCCUAACUCACGACCUCUUUACCCCAGUUUCCGGCUCCGUCCCUCGGCUCCUCCGGCGAGCUCGCCGGAGGCAAUGGAGGGGGGCGGUGGGCCGGUCCUCUCUUUUCUAUUAGUUAUUUUAGGCCUAGCCGGCUGAAUAAAGUUUGUUCUCAUGA